UGGCAACGCUGUGUAUUGGUUGUCAGAAUCAAAAUAAAAUGAAUCAUUGGAAUUUUUUAACAAAAAAAUUGUUUUAAUAACAUUAAUUCCAGACAAUUAUCUUAACGACUUGAGCAAUGGGGUUAUUCGGCAAAACUCCCAGUAAAGAUCCCAAAGAGCAGGUGCAGGAGUGGACGCAUAAGAUACGGAAGGAGGGCAACCAGCUGGAUCGCCAGAUCCGAAGUAUCCAGCGCGAGGAGGAGAAGGUAAAACGCUCCCUCAAACAAGCAGCCCAGAAAAAUGACCGCGACACCUGCGUCAUUCUUGCCAAAGAGAUUGUGAACUCGCGAAAGGCCAUUAACCGCAUAUACACGUCAAAGGCGCACCUCAACUCGAUUCAGAUCCAGAUGAAAAAUCAGCUAGCCACCUUGCGUGUAGCUGGAUCUUUGCAAAAGUCUACAGACGUCUUGCAAGCCAUGCAAAGCCUGGUGCGCUAUCCAGAGCUUGCAGGCAUUAUGCGCGACAUGUCAAAGGAAAUGAUGAAGGCAGGCAUCAUCGAGGAGAUGCUGGACGAGACCAUGGAGUCGUUGGAGGAGUCUGAGGAGCUAGAGGAGGAGGCUGGCAAGGAGGUUGAUAAGGUUUUGUGGGAGAUCACAGAUGGCAAGCUUGGGGAAGCUCCCCUGCCCCCAGAGGCUACACCGGCAGACAAGACGUCUGUGUCUGCUGCGACCGUCGAGGUUGAGCAAGAUGAUGAGGAUGGAGAGGAACUGCAAGAAAUGCAGAGCCGCCUGGCCUCGCUGCGAUCUUAAAUCGACUGCUAUGGGGAUUGCAUAAAGCAAGUGAUUCCGACUGGCAAAAUAUUCUUCAAAAACUAAAUUUGAGUUUUUAUAUUAUAUGUAAGUGCACAGUACCCCAGUUCAAGAAGUGCUGAACUCUACGCGUUUUACCGUUAAAUAUACACAAUAUAACUUAUUUUAUUGUAUAAUCUACCUUUUAUUAAAAAUCGAUAUUUGCUGUGA